AUGAAACCAACCGAUUCAUUUGAAUGCGAGCAUGUGGAGAUGCUAGAGCCAGAGAAGAGAUGUCUUCGACGCGUCUGCGAUGACAUUUCACUGGAUAUUUUUCUCGUGGCCGUAGUGGAGUUGGCUGAGCGUUUUACAUAUCGUUCCAUUACAGCACCGAUGCAGAAUUACAUACAGCAUGGUCGUGGUGAUGUCCUUCACCACGGUGCCCUGGGAUUGGGCCAGAAAGUAGCAACCGGGAUUAGUUACUUCUUUGUGGGAUGGUGCUACCUGGCACCGAUUUUCGGGGCUGUUGUUGCAGACAGCUAUCUAGGUCGAUUCAAGACCAUUUUCCUAGGGACGGGACUCUCCGUGUGCGGCGUCUUGGUUUUGCUCCUCACGUCGCUACCUCCAAGUCUUGAGCAUGGAGGGGGCUUACCAGGGUUAAUGCUCGCAUUGCUAUUGAUUGGCCUGGGAUGCGGUGGUAUCAAAAGCAAUGUCGGCCCUUUAAUUGCUGAGCAGUACUCUAUGCGCACAGAACGAGUCAAAACACUGCCGAGUGGAGAGAUGGUCAUUGUCGAUCCCAACAUAACAGUUCAGACGGUCUAUGCGCGAUACUACUGGGUCAUAAACAUUGGAGCUCUGUCGAUCAUCCCCGCUUCGUGGCUGGAGCUCAAGGUCGACUUCUGGGCAGCCUUUAUGAUGCCGCUCUGUUUGUGGCUGUUGGCCAUUGUCGCCUUAGUAGCUGGCCGUAAGAAAUAUGUGGUCCAACAACCGCAAGGCUCGGCCGUUGCCAAAGCCAUUCAAGUCUUGUGGAUUAGCCUAAAGAACAAUGGCAACAUGGAUGCAGCACGACCAUUCGCAAUGGAGGCCACCGGAACCCCCGUAUGCUGGGACAACACGUUUGUUGAUGAGUUGAAACGAGCACUUGUUGCCUGCCGUGUAUUUCUGCUAUACCCCAUUUUCUGGUUAUGCAAUGGCCAGGCCAACAACAACCUCGUCAGUCAGGCAUCGUCUCUUAAGACUUACGGGAUGCCCCAUGACAUGAUGGGACUAUUCAAUCCUCUGGCCAUUCUGAUUGCGGUCCCUCUAUUUGAACGUCUCAUCAAUCCUGCCCUUCGACGCUUCGAUAUCCCUUUCAAACCCAUAAGUCGCAUGACCACCGGCUUCGUCGCUAUAGCAUUUGCCAUUGCCAUCGCUGCUAUCAUCCAACAAUUAAUAUAUCAAUCACCGCCGUCUCGGGUUAGCAUUCUCCUCCAGAUCCCGGUCUACGCACUCAUAGGGCUCUCCGAGUUCUUCGCCAGUCUAUCAGGCAUGGAAUACGCUUAUACCAAAGCCCCAAGAUCAAUGCGGAGCAUCGUCUCCGCUCUCUUCCUUCUGACCUGCACGAUCGGGUCAACGGUGGGAGUUACCCUGUCGCCUGUAUCGGUUGAUCCAAAAGUGCUGGUUGAGUAUGCGUUUCUCAGCAUUACUAUGUUUGCCACAGCUGUCGUGUUCUACUUCUGCUUCCGCAAAUACAACCAGAUGGAAGAGAGUAUGAACAUGAUUGGGGAGGCAAGCAAGGAGGGAUCGAGGAAAUCGUCAGUAGAGAAUAUUCAUGAUUUAUGUCAGCUGGAAAAGCAGUGA